CGGGGCUAGGGCAGGGAGCGCAGCGCGACUGGGGACUCGAACCAGCUACCUCCUCGCGAGUGCGUGUGGCCAGUGGGCAGCUGCUCUGGAUACCUGGGGAGCAUGCAGGUUGCCACAGUGGAAGCAUCCUGGGCCCAACAUGUCCUUACUUCUCCGACGUCUGCGGAACACCGAGACAGAAAACUGUUGGCGGAUGUGUGGACCUCCUGCACGUGAAGAAGAGAUCCUCGAGACCGGCCGCCCCAUGCCAUGACGGCGGCUCGGUCGACCCAGCCGCGCGCGAGCUGGGCGGCGGGAGACCCCUCCUACCGCGAGGCGCUGUCCUCCCUGCUGUGGCAGCCUUACGAGUGCCGGCCCCGCCUCCCCUCCCCCGGCAGGGAGGUGGCGGGCCAGUCGCGCGGCGACCCCCGCCCCAUGGAGUCGCAGGCGCUCGUGCCGCCGCCGCGCACCUUCGCCUCCACCGAGGCGCAGACCGAGGAGCCGGAGGCGGCGCGCCUUCCCCGCCGCCAGCGCCGGAGGCGGCGCGCCCAGGCCGUGCCCGACCUGCUGCACUCGCACCUGCCGCCGCCCUACUGCGCCGCCCCCGCGCCCGUGCUGGUGGCCGCCAGCCCGCCUCCCAGGUCUCAAAGGUCACCGCGGGGGCACCACUACUCUCCGGAAGAAGAACCCAAGUCAUGUUGUGGUGUAGUCGUGACACAGACAGUAUCCAUCAGGUGGUUCAUUGUGAUGAUAGCCUUCGUGGGGAUCUGCUGUGCAGUGGUCGGCACAGUGCUGGGCGCCAUGAGGACCAGUGGCCGCGAACACCUCACAGUGUCACUGCUCAUGAUCGGCGUUGGCAUUGUGCUGAUCACAGUGAGCGGUGUGGCGUGGCGGCUCACGGCACACGAUGCCCCUUCCUGCCGCUCCAUGUUGGGUCUGGGCAGCAGCUCAGAGGCCGACGCUGAACCGAACAGGAGGUUCGUGCCUCGUCUGCCACCCUCGUAUGGACGCCCCCACCACCCCUACGCAGCGAUGAUGUACCCGGAGUUCCAGUACAGGCCGCCGCCGCCAUCCUACCAGGCGUCCAUGCAGGAGUACCGCCUGAGACUUCUGCUCCUGGACCGCCACCCGGGGGGUCACACGGUGUCACCGCCGCCCACCUACCGUUCCCAUGUGGGCGGCAUGCUGAGGUGAG